GCAGGCGGAUGUGUAAGUAGCUAACAACGCUGCUCUCAUUUACAUUCUGCCGUAUAUAUUGAGAUCAAAAUGGCAGAGCUAACAACACUAGAGAGUCUUUUGGAGAUGGGCUUUGGAAGAAACAGAGCAGAGAAAGCUGUGGCUAAUACUGGAAACCAAGGGAUAGAGCAAGCAAUGGAUUGGUUAAUGGAACACGAGAAUGAUCCAGACAUCGACGAGCCUUACGUUCCUCCUGUGGGGAAUGUUUUAGGAGGAGAGGCAGAAUGUCAGGAGCCGACAGCAGGAGAUACAGCUUCAGUAAUGGCAGAGGGAGAUGACAUGUGCUGCGAAGACCCGGAGGGUUCAAAGCGGCCAAUGACAGAGGAGGAGAAACGUGAACAAGUCAAAAGGCUGGAGGAACUGAUGCGAGUGAAGCAGGCAGAGAGAAGAGAGCGUGAGCGAGCUGAGGAGGUGGAGCGGGAGAAGCAGCGAAGGAGGCAGGGCCAGGAGUUGCAGCAGAUCCGGCAGAAGAUACAGGACGAUGAAAUGAAGAAACUUGCAGAUCAGCGAAGGAGAGAGAAGAUGGAAGACAAACUGGCCAGGCAAAGGGUUAAAGACAAAAUUGCACGAGACCGAGAGGAGAGGGCACAAAAGUUUGGAGGUGGUGCAGCAUCAAGCACAGUGACGCCGACCCAGCCGACCCCACCCAGUCCGUCGUCGCCCACCGGCCAGGGGCCCCCACCCACAAAGAAGGAAUAUGAUGAGUCCAGGAUACAGGUUCGUCUGCUGGACGGUUCCACCAUCAACACGGUCUUCAAGGCCCAGGAGCCGCUAGCGGCAGUGCGUGUCUACGUUCAGGUGAACGGCAACACACCUGAGGGUCAGGACUUCACACUGCUGUCUCCCUACCCGCGUCACGUUUACACUGAAAUGGACAUGGAGAAACCUCUUAAGGAGCUGGGUUUGGUACCUUCAGCUGUGCUGGUUGUUGCCAAAAAGGGAGAAGGAUCUGCUCUGUGAACCUACCUCACCACGACGUUGACACCAGAACCGCCUGAAACAGAUCGAUCCGGGAACCGAACUGCUAUCUGCUAGUAUCACCCAGUUUGCUGAGCUAAUGCAGAGACGAGGUGAAGCUGCAUUCAGACAUGUGAGCUCGUCAGAUACUGAUGUGGGUUUGGUUUCUAAAACUGACUGAAUGCAGCUUCAGUUCUGCAGCAGGACCUGUUAGACUGCUUUAGGCAUUGCACUGGACCUUGAACUCAGCUGAUUGAGCUGAAGAUAGCUAGCUUCUGGCUGGUACUUCUUCGAGGAUCUCUGGUUUCCUUAAGAUGAAAAAAGAUAUAUAUAUACACACAUAAAAAAUCCUUCAGUUUUAACUCGCCCCUUGAACUGCUAAGUGGUUCUGAAAGGGCCUUAAGUUUAAUUCCUGUAAUCUUCCUGUUUUUGUGCCAUUUACUUUGACCUUUUUUUUAACAAGUUCAGAUUUGCUGAAAGCCGUGUUCACAAGAAAACGGACAAUAAAGCUGGCUGGGAAAACUGAA